GCUAAUUAUAAUAUGGCUUCCUAUUGACUACAAGGAGGACUAGGCAAUAGGGGUUAUUAGUCCGGAAGGUUUCAUUUACUCCUCUUUUUCUCUUUGAACAGCUACAUAGCGGUCGAUCUUGCGGCGCUACGACGAAAUCGCCCAUUUAGACCACCUCCUAUUGUUUUGUGCACUUGCUGAAUGGUGGAGAUGUUUAUAGAUGUUUGGAGCGUUUGUGUGCGUUCCCCUCUCUUAAACGCGUUCAAAGUCCAUCCCGGCUCUAUCGCUGUGAGAGUGCAGUGUGUACAGUCGGACACGGUUUGGUUUGGGGCAAUAGUCGCUGGCUAAGUAAAGGAGAUUGCACUUUAUAAGCUCCGACAAACUGCACUGAGAUAGACAGACGUGCAAGCACGCGAGGGGGGAACACAUCAGAAUUGCUACCUUUCUGAAAUAUCACACGCAUGGAACCCGAUAGGCCUUUUUCUUUCAGUCGCCAAGGGAAGAAGAUUUUGCUCUCACCUCACCUUUCCAAUCGUUUGCCGAGACCGACCGCUCUACGCACAGAAGUUCCAAAAGACAGCAAGUUGGACAUCACCACAACUAUAUACUGACUUUGAACUCAAGUUUGGCAAGUUUGGAGAAGGAAGAUAAAGGCUGCCGUGCAAAGGUAUCAAGGCUAUUUGAUAUCGUGCAGCCGUCUGUUCAAGCCUUGCAAGGUAGCUUGUUCGACCCCAAGCGGGGAAAGUCUUCAGCUUCAGGCACUCCAAACAUUGCUCAACUUGGAGCCAAUCACGUUUGAUGUCUACGUUCUUUCCACUCGGACCUUUUUCUGCACCAGAGCCUUCCAAGAAACGCCGUUUGCUCUAUAUUCAGACGUUACUUCCCAUAUUUGAAGACAAACGUCAUUAGACAAGCUGCAUUAUACAUAGUUUUAUACCUGAAAAAGAAAAGAUUUGCUGAGGCGAACUGAAAACAGCAAGAUACUAGAUAUUUGCUCACAUGAACGGAAACGUUUGUACAGCCUGCGUGCACUCUUAACAUAGAAUAGACAUAUCGUCAAAUCUUUCAAAUUUACAUAAGCCAAAUUAAAUUACACAUUUAAAAUCGAACAAUCGUUUAAGAACACAGAAACAAAUUCAAAGAAUUUCCAGAAGCGAAGAAGGUCCGGGCACUUCACAUCAACAUGAAGCUGAACGGUAGGACAGCGUCACCAGUGCGCAACGUGGAGUCUCACGCGGGGGCUCCGGUCAAACGGACGGUCAGUGUCAUCAGCCGUAAUCACGCUGAACCAGCCAAGAAGACUGCUCGCACGGAGGAAGACUGCAAGCUGACAAAGCUAGAGCUCACUCCUAUCCUCACGGAGGAUGACGGUGAGACGUUUCCAUCGGAUGAAUCUGAGGAGGACGAGGAUGAAGACGAAGACGAGACAAAGGAAAGGAAAAGCGAGCGAGAGAGUACAUCCUGCAGUCAACCGAAGCGAUCCGUGGCACAAAUGAUGAAGGACAAGAAGAAACAGACAUCGCUCACGCUCCAAUGGUUGGAGGAGAACUAUUGUAUGUGUGAAGGGGUGUGUCUUCCUCGCUGCAUUCUCUACGCUCAUUACCUGGACUUCUGUCGGAAAGAGAGCCUGGAACCGGCAUGUGCUGCAACUUUCGGCAAGACAAUUCGGCAGAAAUUUCCACACCUGACCACCAGACGCCUCGGGACCCGUGGACAUUCCAAAUACCAUUAUUACGGCAUCGGUAUAAAGGAGACGAGCGCGUAUUACCAUUCUGUCUACUCUGGCAAAGGCCUGACAAGGUUCUCCGGGGCCAGACUGAACAAUGAGGGAGGCUUUACAAGGAAAUAUUCCUUGGCUUCAAAGACUGGCACCUUACUUCCAGAGUUCCCGAGCGCUGCUUCGCUGAUCUUACCGUACAACAUCCCAAAGGAAAAGGUGGACACCUUAUUAAUGAUGUACAAGACACACUGCCAGUGUAUUUUGGAUACGAUCAUCAAUUCCAAUUUCGAUGAGAUCCAGAAUUUCCUUCUACACUUUUGGCAAGGAAUGCCAGACCACCUCCUGCCGCUGUUAGACAGCUCAGUCAUCAUCGAUAUGAUAUGUAUCUGCGAUUCCAUUCUGUACAAGACAACGGUGGAGAUCCUCAUACCUGCUACGAUGCAGGAAAUGCCCGAAGGUCUCUUGGCUGAUAUCCGAAACUUUGCCAAACACUGGGAGCAAUGGCUGUGCUCCUCGUUGGAACAUCUUCCAGACACCGUCAGCCAAUCCAAGCUUCCUGUGGCUAGACGCUUUGUCCAGUCGUUGAGAAGACAGACAUCGUUCUUACACUUAGCUCAGACGUCCAGGCCAGUGUUGUUCGACCAGCAGCUGAUAGAUCAGAUGAUUUCAGACCUUGACAAAGUGGAUCUGAACAGUAUUGGAUCCCAGGCCCUUCUCACGGCAACAACCGAGGAUUCCGACAUGGAGCUAAAUGCUGAAUUCUUGAAGGAAUUUAAAGAGUUGCUGAAGAAGCAGGCGACGGUAGAAGCCUUCACAGAGUGGCUUGACCAGGUCGUUGAAAGCAAGGUCAUCAAGCCUGGUAAGCAGAAUGGACGAUCAAUGAAAAAGCGCGCCCAGGAUUUCCUGCUCAAGUGGUCGUUCUUCGGUGCCCGCGUCAUGCACAACUUGACACUCAACAAUGCCCAGAGUUUCGCCUCUUUCCAUCUUAUUCGGAUGUUAUUGGAUGAGUACAUCUUAUUGGCUGUUGAGCAACAGUUCAACACAGAGAAGGAUAACGAUCUACAGAACAGACUAGAGAAACACAUGAAGGUUGCCGGUAAGAACGAUCCGAACAAUCCACAAAGGCCGUUAUCAAAUCAGCCAGGCACGUGCUUUUUGGCGAAUAGGAACAACAUGAUGCCUCGCCCAAACCAAAACUUUACGGACCAGUCCCCCGUGAAGAGGGAGGACUAUGUUGAACGUUACCCAGGUGCGUCUUAUACAGGACAUACAGUCAUCGCCGAGAAAGAUUCUUACACUAUUCCGGGACACUUUGGAACCCAGCCCUCCAUGCCUAGCCCGGGGAGUGCCGCAAGGAGCAAUGCUAUGCUUACACCUCCCAUCUCGCCAAUCGUCGUCAACCCCAUGCGCAACUCAGUCAUCAACCAGGGUCACGUGGCCGUCAACGCUCGUAAUCCGGCCAACCCGUCUUCUCUCGUGCCACCAACAAUGCAUCACGGGGCUUAUCCCUACCUUGGUCACGUGGGUCAAAAUCAAGACCCCUACUCGUCAGGAAGACCUCAGGGGUAUCUGGGGCCCUACCAAGGGGGUGGAUGCUAUCCGCCCGCCAUGUUUCAUUCAAACUACUCACCUGCGGCGUACCACUCCAAGAACGACACCGACGCGGCACCGACAUAUCCCUACGCAGAUCCCCAGUAUCGCGAUGAUGGUUACUACAGCAGCUGUGCAAUGGGCACUAGUCAUCACGUGGAAGGCGGAGUGAUACAAGCAACGGGUGCAGUUCACGGCAACAGUGCUUUCAAUGUGGUUGGCAAUAUACCAUCUACCUACACCUUUACAAACGGAUACCAAAACCCAGGAUACUACUCUCAAGGUGCUUACACGCAUGAUCAUCCGGGUCACAAGGAUGUAGAGCACGUGUCCGUCAUCAGCAGCACGCAUGCUCAGAGGGCGCGACCUGACAGAGGACAUGCGCAAUUCAACGAGAUCAAUGAUCCGCUGAACAUUUUAGAUCGUCCGGCUGUGACGAGAAGCGGCAAGGAUGAUCACUUGUACGGCGUGGCCAGUCAAGCUAGCUGCCACGACCCCACAGGUCCUCAUUCAUCUCAGUCCCCAUCAUGCAACGGGGUUCGACGUCACAGCGAGAAUAUGAUCGCGCAGAGUGAUUACAUUCCCGUGCCUGGGGUCAGCAUGUACCAUGAUACGACGGGGGAGAUUCGACCGAUCGUAUCCAAUCAGCACAGCACUUCCCAUGGCAACCAUCAACCCAAUGGUACCCCUAUUGAGAAUAAUGAACAGGGUUCCUCAUUACCACCAAUCAACACGGUCUUUAAUAUGGACGGUUAAAUCAUCGACUUCAAAUUCUGCGCCAUAUUGGGUGCGUUGGAUUAGCUUUAAUACACGUGUAAGUCUGCCCUGGUGUCAGCCACCACUACCCCAGCUGGCGAGCGGGUCUCUGGAGGCUGCCUGAGUGUAAUGACAUCACGGAUGGACUGCUCGAGCAUGGAUAUGAUGGAACGUGGCGGGGACUUGACCUUUUUUCCCCGAAUGCCUCGGUGAAUACACUGCAGCAUCCGAUUAGCCUCCUUUCUAGGCUUCCGUUGCGUGUAACACUGGUGCAUCCAGGGAAGCUAAUCGAACGCACCCAUGUUGUGUUAUUCGUAAUUUAUUUCACAGUAUCUAUCCAAUACUGACGGCCAGUACUGAUCCAUUUUUAUUUUGUCAAAAAUGAGAAAUAAGAAGCUGUGACAGAUAAAAGAAUGAGAAAGAAACUGACGAUAAUGGCUUCUCCUAGCUCGGUCAAGGAAGAAUAGAGAAAAGGGAGUAGGCCUCUGAAAACAGAUCCCUGCAGGGAAAACACCUAGGAAUAACCAGCUUUUCCUUACAGUAUCACCCACGAUAAGACUUUUCGUGCCAUUCACUGCAACACAACUCAAGUAACAUAGCUCCAAAUAGGCUUGUGCAUCCGGGGAUUUGCAGUCAUGGACAUUACACAGGGUUAGUCACGGAAACCGAAACAAUAAACGUCGCCCUCUUUGUCGAGUGGAUGUACAUUUGUAUUUUGAACUUCGAUGGCAGAUAGCACAAACGUGUAGUCUACAAACUGUAGUUCCAGAAUCACGUUCUUUACUCUCUAAAGCAUCCAGAAUUUGUUAUUCGACAAAUACACAAUGAAGUAACAAUAAACAUGUAACCGUUCAAACUUUGAUAUUGAAGCUGAAGCGAAUUUCACAAAAUCCCUGAUCUCUUUUUCCCAUCAUGACGAAGAGUGUGUCAUGCUGUACAUAUGAUGGACAGAAGAAAAAGACUGUAAACGUACGAAACUGCACCUUUUCAUGAAAGUUGAUAUUUUGCUGUGAAGUUCAUAGACAAUGUGUUUAAUUUUGAUACGCAGUUUGAGCCUUAUUUCCAUACACAUUUGUGUGUAUUAUUAUGCUCCUUUUGACAAAAUAAUGCAGUAUGCAAAACUCUUGGACGCUUGCCAAAUGUGUGAUUUUUGUGUUCCAAAGACAAUGAGAAGAUCAAGUAACAAUGUCAAGAGACAAAAAGUACUAAAUUCAUCCAUAACCGAGAAUGCCACUGUUUAUAGUCGCCUGGUGCUUACGUUAAAGAAUGACAAGGGAAUUACAUAAUUUGGUGGAAAUUUUUGGGGACAGGUGUUAAAACAAGGCGACUAAAACAGGUUCUAGACUGCCUAGAGUGUAGUUUGUAGUUUUGUUUUUAUAAAACUGUAACUAAAGCAAAAUGUAUGUACAAAUAAAUUGUUUUGUGUAUUUCUAUUGUUUUGUUAUGAAGAGUUAUCUUAACGCAGUGCAUUUUGUUAAAUGA